UUGGGGAAGGGGGUGAAGAGGAGAUCUGUUUGUAAUGAAAAGUUGGAAAACCUAAUGUUGGUUGAUUAUUGUGAGAAGAACUUGAGUUUACUUAUGCAUGGAGAUGGUGAGGAACAUUCUGGUGAUGACAGUAGUGAGAUAAGGUCUGUGGAUGAUAGUUAUAAUGAGCAUGGAUUUUCGAGUGAUGAUUAUAGUGGUGUCAGGUCUGUUGAAUAUGAUGAUAGUGGGAAUGAACAGUCUGGUGUUAAUAACACUGAUGUUACGUCUGUGCAUGAUGGUGAUAAUUGGAAUGAACAGUCCAGUGAUGGCGAUGCUCAUGUUAAGUCCUUGGAUGAUAAUGUUAAUGAUAUAAAGUCCAAGUUAUUUUUGGAAAGUUUGAGGGAGGUUGAAAAUACUUGUGCACAGGAGAUUGUUCAAGAAACUGGGAUACCUGAUCUGUUCCAAAAUCCCAGAUCAGUAGCUACUGAACCUAUCAAGAAUCUUCUGGUGGAAGAUAUGACUGACAAUGAACACAGGGAGACUCUUGAAAUUCUGAAGGAUCUCCCAAAAAGAAAGAGUUCAGUGGUGAAGAAGAAUGCAGAGUUGGUAGCUCAAGAUCCUGCUUCUGGUAUGGAAAACGGGCUUUCUAGUAAAAUACCUCGUCUGGAGCUUCCUAAGAAUCCCCAAGAGCUCAAUUCAGAUACUCCCGGAACUUUGGAAAAUCUUCAGGUGAAAGGGGAGCAUGUAGACAACAGGGUUUUGAAACUUUUUGAGAAACUCCGGGAGAAAAAGAGUUCAGUGGAGAAGAAUGAGGCAAAACUAGAAAUUCUGAAUCCUAUUUCUAGUAGGACAAGAGGUAAUUCAAGUAAAAGGCCUCAUUUAAAGGCUCGUAAUACUCCAGAAAGUUUCACUAGUUCGCCUUUGAAAGAGAAAAUGGAAACUAAAGGAACUUUAAGGCGUAUGAAGAAGGAAGUGGUAAAGAUAAAUAGACCUAACAAGUCUACUCAUCUUUUGAAUGAAGAAGAGGCUGAGAGACUGAAGACUUCAGGGAACAAAAGAAGUGAAUAUCCUUAUGCCAAGAGGACAAAUGAACUUCCUAACAAAAAACCUGGUUCAGAGGUUCAUCAUUUUGCAAAUUGUGGGCGCAACGGUUUUGCCAAGUUUGACCGCAUUGGUGAUGAUGAGACAGAAUCUAAUCAAACAGAUGAGAGCUAUCAAGACUUUAUAAGUGUGCUUGAGAUAAAUGAUGAAAACAUGAUAUAUGUGCCACAAGAUGGUCGACCAGAGACGUAUGAUGUGGAGAUAAAAGAUGAGGAUGCGGAAAGUUCAUCAGAUUCGGAUUUAGUUGUACUCGAAAGGGAUCCAGUUGAUAGAUGUCGUACCCCAUUUAAGAAGGAUUCAAACAAUGACUUGGAAAGUCACACCAACUUCAGGGAGGGGCUUAUGAAGGAUCUUAAACGGCCUUAUGACGAAAACGAGUACAUCAGGCUCUUGAUGGAGUGGACUAACCAGAGGCCUGCAGGAGGUCAUGCUAAAAAUUUUCGUAGUGGAGUAGUAAAAACUUAUGCACUGAAAGGGGAAUAUGGAAAACCAUAUAUGGAUUUGUACCAAGAUCUUGCUGAAAUUAUCAAAUUGAGCGAUCGCCCUAGAAGGUUGUGUCUCUUGCGGGGAUUCUUCUACUGGUUGAAGAAUGUGUCUCAGGACAAAAGCUUUGAGCCUUGGACUGACAUAGAAUGUUUGAAUGUGGUGCCGCAACUGUAAACAGAAGAGUUCUUCAUCAUUUUCAUUCCGCAGUGAAGAUCUGAUCAUGGCAUCUCAGCAAAUCGAUGUCAAGCUGUAUGGGGUAAAAUUAUUGGGCUGAAAUGUGAUAUUUGGUAGUAUCUCCUAUUUGUGCAUUUGCUGUUGAAUCACACAUUUUAAGUAGAUGGUAUUAAG